UAAUAUUAAUUUCUUUUGGGAUAUAAAUCAAAAUAAAUUCAAUAAUUUUAUCAAAAGAGAAGAAGAAGAGAUUAAAGUGUAUUAAAAGAGAAAUCAAAAUCGUUCCAAUGAAUUUUAAAACAAAAACUUAAUUUUUAAUCAUAAUUAUUUUCCAUAAAACCACAAAAAAAAACUUUUAAAAUUGAAACAAAAUAAAUUGAAAAAAUUCCAAAAUUAAAAAAAAAAUUAAUUAUAAGUGAAUUACAGAGUGAUUUAUAAUAAAAAUUAAAUUGAAUUUUUAAUAAUUAAAAAAAUAUAGACCAAAAAAAUAAACAAAAGAAUUUUUAAAAAACUGUUAAAAACCGCAUGGCCGCAACUAAAAUCGAAAAUGGCCCAAGUGGGCCUCGUAACGGUCAUGAAAUGGCCCCCUUAAAUACAAGGGCACGUGGUGAUGGUAAUCAUGUUACAAUUGUAUUAACUGGCGCUGAAAGAAACUCAAUUAGUUCUGUUGAAGUUCCUGAUGGUGAAGAUCGUGCAGCAUGGAGUGGAAAAAUGCAAUUUUUCUUAAGUAUUAUCGGCUAUUCAGUCGGAUUGGGUAAUAUUUGGCGAUUUCCGUAUUUAUGUCAACAAAAUGGUGGUGGUGCAUUCCUAAUACCAUUCGCUGUUAUGUUAAUAUUAGAAGGGAUACCAUUAUUCUUAAUUGAAUUAGGUAUAGGUCAAAGAAUGAGACUGGGAUCGUUAGGUGUCUGGAACACUAUACAUCCAUGGCUUGGUGGUAUCGGGAUAUCAUCAUGCAUAGUAACUUUAUUUGUAGCAUUAUACUACAAUGUCAUUAUAACUUGGUGUCUAUACUAUUUUAUAAAUAGUUUUCGGUAUCCAUUACCGUGGAGUGAAUGUCCUUUCACAAAUACAACACAUGUUGUUGAAGAAUGUGCAAGAUCAUCAGAAACAGCAUAUUUUUGGUAUCGUUCAACAUUAGAGGUGGCGCCUACAAUUGAUGAACCAGGUGGCUUAAAAUGGUGGAUUGUUUUGUGCCUCUUAAUAUCCUGGACGGUUGUGUUUUUCAUUGUGAUGAAAGGCAUACAAAGUUCAGGAAAAGUUGUCUAUUUUACCUCACUUUUUCCUUAUAUUGUUUUGACAAUAUUUUUCAUCAGAGGCAUAACAUUACCUGGAGCAAGUGCUGGUUUGGCUCACAUGUAUACACCAAAACUGGAUAAACUAUUAACAGCAAAGGUUUGGCUUGAUGCAGCAACACAGGUAUUCUAUUCAUUUGGAUUAGCAUUUGGAUCAUUGAUUGCUUUUGGUAGUUAUAAUACACCGAAAAAUAAUUGUGUACGUGAUGUUUUACUGGUGUCAUUUUGUAAUGCAGUCACUGCUAUUUAUGCAAGCAUUGUGAUAUUUGCAAUUUUAGGAUUUAAGGCAACAUUAAAUGUUGAAAGAUGUCAUGAAGUAAAUAAAGAAAUUUUAUUUAAUCAUAAUAUGACUAGCACAAGCAAUAUAACAAAUGCCGAAUUGGAAACCUAUAUGUCCGGUAUUAAUGAUACUUUAUUUAAAGAAUGGAAAUUUGAAACGUGCAGUUUAUCAGAACAAUUGGAUGAUGCGGCCGAGGGUACUGGUUUAGCAUUUAUUGUAUUUACACAAGCAAUUGUUGAAUUACCUGGUUCACCAUUUUGGGCAGUAUUAUUCUUUACAAUGUUAUUAUCAUUAGGUUUGGGUUCACAAAUUGGUAUAUUAGAGGGAAUGUUAUGUACAUUAUUUGAUAUUGAUAUUGUAAAAAGAGUAAAAAAACAACAUGUUACAUUAGUUGUUUGUAUAUUCUGUUUCUUCGUUGGAUUAUUAUUCUGUAGCGGAGCUGGUGAAUAUUGGUUACAAAUGUUUGAUUCAUUUGCUGGUACAAUCGGUUUAGUUGUAGUUGCAUUAAUGGAAAUGAUUGCUGUUAUUUAUAUAUAUGGUCAUGAAAAAUUCACCGAAGAUAUAUAUCAAAUGACUGGUAUUCGACCUGGAUUAUAUUGGCAAAUCACUUGGAGAUAUGUUGGACCAGCUAUUACAUUUGCAAUAUUAGCUUCAUCAAUUAUUAGUAUGAUAAUUAAAAAUCCAACAUAUGGAGCAUGGAGUAAAGACGAGGGUAAAACUGAAGCUACUCCAUAUCCGAAUUGGGUUUUAGGAAUUGCAUUAUCUAUGAUAUUGGCUGGUAUAUUACCAAUACCAAUUGUCUUCCUAUUAAGAAGAUUCCAAAUUUUGGGUGUUGAUUUAGAUAUUCAUCAAGGUUCAAUACGUCGUAAUGAAACAACUGCAUCAACUAAAGAAAUGAUUGAUGGAGAUGAUGAUGAUGAUGACGAUGAAUUUAAUGGUGGUCCAGCAUUAGGAGGUCGUAUUAGUAUGCGAAGUGAUUCAGAUGAUGAAGAUGAUGGACCGAUGCAGAUGCGUAGCAGUAAUCAUUUAACGUUGCCAACGAGUUUAAAUAACAAGAAGCCAUUUAAAAUGGAAGUUGUUGAUUAUUAAUUAGGAAAAAAAACAAAAUAAGGAAUUUACAGAAUAAAUUAAAUGUAAUCAGAUUUAAAUAGAAAAUUAAAAAAAAAAAACAAAAAUGUAAAAAAAAAAUGAAUGAAAAAAAAAAAAGAUAUCCAAAUAAAAGUUAAAUGCGAAAAAAAAAAUAAUUAAUUCAAAAAUAAGCUAAUUAGAGUUUACUUGUACUAAAUAGAAUUAAUAUUUUUUUGAUAUAAUUAUAAAGUGAAGAAAAAUGGUUACUAAGACUUUAUUUUUAAGAUUUUUUAAUUUUAUGUAAAAUGAGAUAAAAAAAAUAAAUAAAUAGUAUUGUAAUAUUUUUUUUUUUUAUAAUUUAAUUUGUAUAGGAAAAUAAUUAAGAAAAGAAAUUUAUUUUUCAAAAUAUUUUAAUUUCUAUGAGAAAAUUCUUUAAAGAUGGUGGUAAACAAACACAACAAACAUAAUGAAUUGAAAUGCUUUCACGGUAACACUGAAAAAAUCAAAUUUAUUGCUAUUUUUUUAAUUUUUAAUUCGUACACAGAGAGAAAUUUUUAACUAUAGUUAAGCUUAAAACUAAAAAAAAAAUAAAUUUCAAGACUUGUUUUUUCAUUAAGAGCAGAACCAAAUUUAAAAUUUUAACAUAAAUUCUAAUUAAAUUCAUGAUUUUAUAUUUAUUUUAAAAAUAAAUAAUUUUAAACUUAACAUUUUCAAGUAUUAAAUAUAUUGGAGAAGUCUCUAUUGAAUACCAUCAUCAUAUUUAUUAAAUUAAUUUACAUUUAAAAAUUUCUUAACAAGGAAAGAAUUAAUAAAAUUAUUAAUUGGCCCCUAUCAAUUAAUAUAGUUUUAAUACAAAAUUCUUAUUUGUAUGUGUAUUUUUUGUUUUUUAAAAAAUUAAAUUUCAAAUUUUCUUUACCAUAAGAUUUCAAUUUUCUAUUUGCAAAAAUCUUAUUAUUUUAUUUAUUUUAAGCAUGUAAAUAAAUAAAUUUAUAUAAUACACUUACACACAAUUAUUGUUUAAUUAUAUUAUAAACAUAUAUGUGAUUACAUAUUCAUGUAAAUAUACAUACUUAUAUUUAAUAUUAUUAC